CGCGGGUUCUAAGAGCGGCGGCUGCCCCCGGCCCCACCCCGGAGCCGUCGGGGGUGCCGGGCGGGGACGGAGCGCCCCCUCCCCCCGGAGUGCAGGGGCCGCCCGCGGCCGCAGCCUGGCCCCGGAGCGCGGGGGAUGCGCGGCUAACGGCCCCGUCGGGCGGGCUUUCCUCGGGCGGAGCGCGCAGGCGGUGCGCCCCAGCGAUGCAGUGUCCGGGGAGACGGCGGGCAUGACGGCGGCAGGAUGGGCGCGAACAAUGGCAAACAGUACGGCAGUGAGGGCAAAGGCAGCUCAAGCAUCUCAUCCGACGUGAGUUCAAGUACAGAUCACACGCCGACCCAAGCCCAGAAGAAUGUGGCUACCAGUGAAGACUCCGACCUGAGCAUGCGCACACUGAGCACGCCCAGCCCAGCCCUGAUAUGUCCGCCGAACCUGCCCGGAUUUCAGAAUGGAAGGGGCUCGUCCACCUCCUCGUCGUCCAUCACCGGGGAGACGGUGGCCAUGGUGCACUCCCCGCCCCCGACCCGCCUCACCCACCCGCUCAUCCGGCUCGCCUCCAGACCCCAGAAGGAGCAGGCCAGCAUCGAGCGGCUCCCGGACCAGUGCAUGGUGCAGAUCUUCUCCUUCCUGCCCACCAACCAGCUGUGCCGCUGCGCGCGCGUGUGCCGCCGCUGGUACAACCUGGCCUGGGACCCGCGGCUCUGGAGGACUAUCCGCCUGACGGGCGAGACCAUCAACGUGGACCGCGCGCUCAAGGUGCUGACCCGCAGGCUGUGUCAGGACACACCCAACGUCUGUCUCAUGCUGGAAACCGUAACUGUCAGUGGCUGCAGGCGGCUCACGGACCGAGGGCUUUACACCAUCGCCCAGUGCUGCCCGGAGCUGAGGCGCCUGGAGGUCUCGGGCUGUUACAAUAUCUCCAACGAGGCGGUCUUCGACGUGGUGUCCCUGUGCCCCAACCUCGAGCACCUGGAUGUGUCAGGGUGCUCCAAAGUGACCUGCAUCAGCUUGACCCGGGAGGCCUCCAUUAAACUGUCCCCCUUGCAUGGCAAACAGAUCUCCAUCCGCUACCUGGACAUGACGGACUGCUUCGUGCUCGAGGACGAGGGCCUGCACACCAUCGCCGCGCACUGCACGCAGCUCACGCACCUGUACCUGCGCCGCUGCGUGCGCCUCACCGACGAGGGCCUGCGCUACCUGAUGAUCUACUGCGCCUCCAUCAAGGAGCUGAGCGUCAGCGACUGCCGCUUCGUCAGCGACUUCGGCCUGCGCGAGAUCGCCAAGCUGGAGGCGCGCCUGCGGUACCUGAGCAUCGCGCACUGCGGCCGCGUCACCGACGUGGGCAUCCGCUACGUGGCCAAGUACUGCGGCAAGCUGCGCUACCUCAACGCGCGGGGCUGCGAGGGCAUCACGGACCACGGCGUGGAGUACCUGGCCAAGAACUGCGCCAAGCUCAAGUCCCUGGACAUCGGCAAGUGCCCGCUGGUGUCCGACACGGGCCUCGAGUGCCUGGCCCUGAACUGCUUCAACCUCAAGCGGCUCAGCCUCAAGUCCUGCGAGAGCAUCACGGGCCAGGGCCUGCAGAUCGUGGCGGCCAACUGCUUCGACCUGCAGAUGCUCAACGUGCAGGACUGCGAGGUGUCCGUGGAGGCGCUGCGCUUCGUGAAGCGCCACUGCAAGCGCUGCGUCAUCGAGCACAGCAACCCCGCCUUCUUCUGAGCGCGCGCCGCGCGCGGACCCCGCGGACCGUGUUCCGAGAAGCAGCGGAUGUCGCUCGCGACAGCCCUUCCCGGAAGGUCCUUGGGAACCCGGCUUUUCUUUCUCCCCAGGUCUCGUGGGCCAGCGAGGGGGUCAAGGAAAGGAAGGGGGAGCCGGGCUGGGGGAGGGGGGCGAAGUUCUGUUACAGCGAACUGGUCAUGUGGUCGGGUCAUUCGUAGGCAGCGUCUCGUUCCCGCCCCCCCCCCGCCCCCCCAGAGGUGCGCCUCGGAAAGGUGGCGGCGGUGUGUUUGAGGACGCCUCUUUCUCGGUCUCUCUGCCCCUGGCCACAUCCCAGGUUUCUACGCACACGCCCCGUGCUCCCGCCCCCGCCCCCACCCCGCCCUAGCCAGCAGCAACCGCAGAUCAUCAGAAGAGUGAUGCUCUCCAGACCUCCUCCCCCUGAAACUGCUUGACUGGCCUAAGGCCGACCCGUCCAUCCCACACCCGAGCAAAUUCUUGUUCAAUAAAUGUCAUAGCACCUGGUAUAUACAAAGUGCUAACAACCCUUGUUUUAAAGAAUCACUUGUCCAGGCAGCUGUGUGCAGGGCGGGGGAGGGGGGGGAGACUGCAUUCUUCCCCGAGCACAGUCACUAAAGAGCUGUGUGACUUUGGGCAAGCCGCUUGGCCUCUCUGGGCUUCAGCUUCCAGCACUGAAUCAGAGGCCACCCCAGCCCCAGGAUCCGCUUCAUACCCAUUUUAGAACUGAGAGAACACAGAUGUCAAAAGGCAGGGGCACCUUGGCAGAGAUCAUAGGAGGCUUCCCCCUCUUCCAAAGGGGUCGGUUUGCAGAAUGCUUUCAGGAGAUUCGGCAGUGCCAGCAGGAAUGUCCUAUAUGUCCUUCGCUCCCAUCUGAAUGUCACUUGAACCCGGUUUAUUUUGAUGGGAGAGUCGCUUGGGCACCUUCCCUGCCCCGCUAGGAGGACAGUUUCUGUGAGGAGUGCUCCCCACAGCCGUGCCCCCCACACCACCUUAUGGAGGCAGUGGGAUUCCAACUUACAGCACAGCCCACAUCCCCAAUCAAGCUGAUCUUGCUGAGUGUUUCCAAAGCGGAGGAAGGACCCUCACGAGUUUUAAUUAAAACAGUGAGGCGCAAGAGAACAUGUGUCUUCUAGGGAUUUUCCGCUCCCUCUCGGUGCACCUGCGGCUCGCAUCAGGCAGGUCUGCCCCGAAGCCAGCAGGGACAGGCAUGUGCUUCUCUCUCGUUCAGAUCACAUUUCUACUUUUCUCAUCUAUUUAUUUCUUUGUGCGUCCAGACAUCAUCACAUGAAGCCUGUUGGGGUGAAGUCAUAAGUGUUUAACUGUGCAGAUUGUCACGUCCUGUGCCUUCCCCCGUGGCUAUCCAAAUGUUCUCUGCCCAAGAAUGCACAGCAGACGUUCAGGUGUUUAAAUACCGUUCAGUCAAAAAUGUCAGGUAAGUGGAAGAAGGAACACAUUGAUCCGACUUGGGCGCUGGUCCAUCAACCAGGCCCUUGGAACAGAACCUGAUAAUUAUUGCCAAGAAUGAAAUUUGAAUGGCCCAAAUUUAAAUUUGGAUGGAAAUCCAUUUGCUCGCCUCAUGUGUGUGAAGUCAGGAUGCCAGAAGAAAGUCCGCUGCUCAUUUUCAUGACAUGUAGCUGCCUUUUGUUAAUCAACACAGGACUUUUCCCAGAUUAUUCUCUAGCCACACCUCUCCUUCAGGGCCAUUCAAAUACUUCUCCAUUUCUGUCUCAAAGGCUCCACCACCCCAGCCCAGAACCUCUGCAUCUCCAAGCCAAGUAUGUAGAAUUUGUUUCCCAUCAAGCUCACACACAACUCAACAGCUGUACUCCCAUUGCAGACUCCCCGUGUUUCUUUGUCUUCUCUUGGGAAGGAGAAGAUAGAAUGAGGUGGCCUCUGCCCAGGAGGUUUCUUUCAUGCAUCAUAUGACAUGACCUCCUCUCCAGUCAACAUCCUCCACAACUUAGUGUGCAAUCAAGACUAUGUGCCAUGGGGGGACGGGGCGGGGGGAGGGAAUGAAUUGCUUGGCUGGAAAUAGUAUCCAGUGAUAGUACAGAGUUUAGAGCCAUGAAUGAGGUGGAAGGUAGCAUUCCCAUGAACCGUGACUUGUGACCCUGUCUAAAAUUUCAGAAUUUGAGAGUCAGCAAAGGCUUGUCCCUAACCUUUGGCAUUAGGGUCUUCCAAGUGGUAUUUUAAUACUCUGAGAAUAAGAAGGAAGAUCCAAAAUGGCUCCCUGAACCAGAGAACAGGUGCCCUAUGACAAAUAUCUUUAUCACCCUCACCUGACCACAUCACCUAAACUGUCUUCCAAACAUGAGUCAAAGCUGACUUGCACACUCAUUGCCCAGCACGUGCUGUCUUUCCCGGUCUCUCCUUGUCCCCCGUCUUCUCUUCAUCCACUUUGUCUCCACUGGGGGUGUGAAUCUAUGGCAGAGGUCACUGGGGAAAUAGCUCAGCAGAUUUUUUAGAGACCAAGCACCAGGCCUCGCUAAGAAAUCUAUCUGUUUUAAAACAUCGCUUCCUUCCUGCCUCUGCGAAAUUGAAUGCUCAUUGUUUUGUUUUUUUUUUAUUUCUAAUGUUCAAUCACUGCGUGCUGUAUGAAUCUAGAAAGCCUUAAUUUACUACCACCAAGAAAUAAAGCAAUAUGUUGGUAA